AUGACACACGGUGUUUUCCGGCUUGUCGGCACUUGCAACAAUUACCCGUGGAGCAAACAGGGCGAAAAGUCGCUGGCUGCCCAGGACAAGGACACAUUGCUUGGCGCAAAGACGAUUGCGCAAUUUGGAAGCCAGCUCCCAUUUCUACCUAAAAUACUGCCUAUAGCCAAGGCCCUUCCCCUUCAAAUACAUCCCAGUAAAGACUUAGCCGCCAAACUCUAUGAAAAAGACCCCGACAGCUUCACCGACCCCAACCAUAAGCCUGAAAUUGCCAUUGGCCUUACGAAAUUUGAAGUCUUUGCCGGGUUCAAGCCCUUGUCUGGAAUAGAGCCUCUCUUCAAGCUCCCCAUCCUAGUGAGGGGGUUGAAAAGAUUACAAAAGGGUUGGUUAGUGUCUCGGGACGGGGAGGCUCUCCAAAAUAUCGUGGAGCUCGAAAAUGCCGGACCCUUGUGUGGCAGAAUCGACGAGGGCAUCAACGAUAACCCGAAGCCAAAUGAAAACUCCGCUCGCCCUGUGUACCAAGUCUCCCAACAGGCGGGUCGCUUCACUUGGAUGAAUAGUAUUGAGAUCACUGAAUUCCUUGCAAUCUCUGAACCGGCUAUCCACGUAGAGUUUCAUGUCCCGGCCAGUCAAGAGAUGGAUCUGGAGACUCGCCGAGUCCCCAUAUGCGUCAUCAAACUCCACCAAAGGUCGGCUUGCCACACAGGCCUUGGCUCCGUCACCAGAGGACGAUGUGAUGCGGCUGACCAGUUGUACAAUCUAGUUGGCGUCGACAUCAAACUCGUCUAGCCCGUCAAUGAAAAUGACGAGCCGCAGACUUUUGCCGCUUUCGGACAACAGGGCGUCAAAGCUUUCGUCAACCUCCCAAUUUUCCCACAGCGGGAAAGUAGUAUUCCCUCGAAGGAUCUGCACGACUGCCCAUCGUCGUGGAACUACGAUUGUCAGCAGCCUGGGGUGGCUAUGCAAUGCCUGGACGAGCAAGGUUCUCUUCAGCCCGGAGAAGGACUUUUGCAGGGUAAAGCCCGCAUGCCAAGCGUAGAACGUCACGACGACAAGGGGUAAACCUCCUGCCCACUUCUCGAGGUAGGAUUGAAGUUGAGGUUGUGCAAGUAUAGACUUCAUGAGUGUCGACUUUCCCGAACUAGGCUUUCCUGUCAUCCAGUAGGUGGAAUCUGAAGGCCUCUCCAGCCAGUCUGGAAAGCUACCCAUAACUUUGUUCAGUUGGGGACUGAAUUGCUGCUCGCGUUUCUUGGUUUUCUUUGCAUCGUCCCUGUCGGAGAAAAUCGA